UUUGCAAAGAACACGGACACUAAUUGUCAUACAUAUAUAGUCUUCGGCAUCUACUGGCCUGAAUGUAGACCCAGAGGGUGUGUUUAUUUCUUCUUACCUCCAGAUCACUUGUUGCAACGGUUGAAAGUAAAAGAAAGCUGUUACUGGGAUUAUAUUUAUAAAUAUAUAUUUAGUUUGAUAAACCGGCGCUGCAAGUGUUUAGCACAUUUGUAGGGUGUUAACCAUCCCAAUGAUGACCGCAAAGGUUGUAGAGAAAAUCCCAGUAACUCUCGGUGGUGGUUUUGUGCAUCAUCUGCCAGAAAACAUCUACUCCGUUGAUGAGAUCGCUGCAAUGCCAGGUUCGGUAGCUAUCUUUCCCAACUCAGAUUUGGGCGGGCAGUUCGAGCAUCAGAUGAGCGGAAUGACGGGAGAUGGAAUGAUCAACAUUGAUAUGUCCGGUGAAAAGAGAUCUCUUGAGCUGCCGUAUUCCAGCAGUUUCACCCCAACCUCUGCACCUCGGAACCAGACUUUCACUUAUAUGGGCAAAUUCUCCAUUGACUCUCAGUACCCCGGAGCCAGCUGGAACCCAGAAGGCAUCAUUAACAUUGUUAGUGCAGGGAUCCUUGGAGUCAGCCCCCCAUCGUCUUCACCUUCAACUUCUUCUCCUGCAUCCUCAGCAUCUCCAAACCAUCUCUCAAGUACAAUGAGUUGCAGCAUGGCACAGAACCAGCAUGAGAUGGACCAUUUGUAUUCUCCACCUCCAUACUCUUCUUGUGGGGAGCUUUAUCAAGACCCUUCAGCUUUCCUUGCAACUUCAAACGGAUCAAUUUCUUACCCCCCUCCUUCCUAUCCUUCACCCAAGACAACCCCGGACAGCGGUCUAUUUCCGAUGAUCCCGGACUACUCUUUGUUUCAGCCUCAGUGUCAGCGGGACCUCCACAGUGUCCCCGAGCGUAAACCAUUCCAAUGUCCGAUAGAAUCCAUUCGGGUGCCACCACCACUCACCCCUCUUUCAACAAUCCGAAACUUCACCAUGGGAGCCCCGACGGGGGAUGUGACCCGGCUUCCUGGCGCGUACUGCCCUCAGAACUUACCGUUGAGACCAAUUCUUCGACCCAGAAAGUAUCCAAACCGGCCCAGCAAGACUCCAGUGCAUGAAAGACCUUACCCCUGUCCAGCUGAAGGGUGCGAUCGUCGCUUUUCACGAUCUGAUGAACUGACACGGCACAUCCGAAUCCACACGGGCCACAAACCGUUCCAGUGCCGCAUCUGCAUGAGAAACUUCAGCAGGAGUGACCACCUCACCAAGCACAUCUGUACUCAUACAGGGGAGAAGCCGUUUGCCUGUGAUUACUGUGGAAGAAAGUUUGCCCGGAGCGACAAGAGGAAGCGACAUACCAAGAUCCACCUGCGGCAGAAAGAGAGAAAAAGCUCUGUCACCUCGGUCACUACCUCAUCAACAGCUGCAGCAUCAGAGCGGUGUGCUGCUGGAAACCUUAACUUAGUCAGCUCAUCAGCUGCGGGACCAAUGGGGACAAUGUGCCAGCAGCAGCAGCAAAGCGCCGGUCAGCUGUCAGUGGUCGGUGGUGCAUCCAGGACAGCGUGAGACGGAGCCACCACAAACACUACUGCACACUUCUUAUCCCACCCAACAGAAUGUAUCGCUUUUAUGGCAUUUAGAUAAGAACUCAGUGACUGAAAGGAAACCACACAAGCAGCAGAUAACUUCCACAGUAUUUGUAAACCACACCAGGUGUAAUACUGUGCUGUCGGUUAUUAACAGGACGGUGUUGACUUAGUAAUGUACAGACUCAGAAUGCUAAUAUAUUUUAAAAUGUUACAGGUAAUUAUUGCCAAAUGGUAUGAUGGCCUAGCAUGAACAGAACUGCACUUUAGAGCUGAGUGGAUACUUCUGAUGACAGAAACUCGAGGAUUACAGGCCGCAAGUGCCAAGGUCUUGCUUCGGAACAGGACUGCAACGUUUGCUGAACACCAAGCAGUAUGUGUGUGCAGUGAUUUUUGCGCAAAAGUUGAGAAUGCAGGCAGGUGUGUUUAUCAUGACAGUCUCCACCUGUUGGACAAAGACUUGUUUACUUAAAGGGGAUUCAUGGAAAUAUUUUCUUUUAAAGUGAUCUGAUGCGUGCUGAGCACUAACUCUCCAGGUGUAUCUGUUAGUUUGCUUUGUUUCCGAAAGACUUGUACUCUGGGAGCCUGAAAGAUCAUGCAUUGCCACUUGUAUUUAAAGGUCAGAUGUGCUUGUAUGUAUAUAUAUAUAUUCACAGAUAUAUAUUUUUGAUGUGUCACUGCAUGUUUUAAAUCUUACUGUGUUAUUUGUCCGUUGUGGAACGCUAACAAUGUUUUAUGUCUGAUUGUCAUUUUUUUCCUUAAUUGGCUUUUAAUUAAAACAUUUCAGUUGACAUUAACAAUAUUGCAUAUUUCUGCCAGUGCGUCUGAGAUUUUUAGAAACUAUAUUUUUGUACGCUGUGUUCUGUCACUUACUACAGAUAGGUGUUAACUUUGUAGCAAACAAAAUAUGUAAAAAUGUAAAUAAAAUGUUUAUUGAGAUGA